AUGAAUGGUGCCCCUGAUUUUACUGUGCCUGGUGGGAAUGGUGCUGCUCGCCCCGCUCCCGCACCUGUGGGGCGCAGGCUCGUGGUAACGGCGCAGCUCCCGGACCUGGCGCCCGGGGCUGUGCGGUUGGUUCGGGGGCUGCUGGUUGGGCAGCUGGAGGCGCUUCCCCCGUACCUGCAGGAGGAGGGGGAGGACUGGGCGGAGGAAGGAGGGGUGGGGGAGGAGGAGGGCGGUGAUAUGGGGAGAGUGGUGAAGGGAAGAGUGGUGAAGGGAAAGGGGGAUGGAAAGAGGAGUUUGCGGAAUAGUGGAAGGGGAGGAGAGGGAGGGGAGAGGGGAAGGGAGCAGGAGGAGGAGGAGGAGGAGGAGGAGGAGGAGGAGGAAGGGAGAGAGGCCCAAGGACUGAAAAAGGUGGCUCAAUUAGGCGUUAUAGGGGAGGAUUCCCAUUGGUACGUCCUCCCCUCGCCCUGCAUCCGCCAGCUAAUCAGAGCGCAGUACAACCCCACCGACCAAUCGGAGCUCGCCAUGUCAGCGGCCGACGGGCGGCAGCUCGUUGGCAGGUACCUCUGGCCGGAGGGCCGGCAGGACGAGGCAGAUGAGACGGCUGGGUGGCAGCGGGUGGCAAAGCUGAAACAAGACUCCAAUCACCUCACCCUCCCCUCCUCACUCUCCUCCCUCGAAGCCUCCCUCAAGUCACACAAGCAGAAGCUAUCACAAAUUAGAAAGAGAGUAAAGGCUUCGGCGGUGUAUAAGCGGCGGCAGCAGCAGGUGACGGAGAUGGGGAGGUGUGAGUAUGAGGAGGGGAAGGUGGGGAGGCGGGUGGAGGCGCUGAGGAGGCGGAUUGCGGGGAUGCAGCCGGCGGGGUGGCAGGAGUUUGUUCAGGUGGUUCAGGUGCUGGCUCAGGCGGAUGCGCUGGACCCGCAGAGCAGCACGCUCAUGCCGCUCGGGGAGAUUGCCGCCAAGGUGAGCAGCGACAUGGCCAGGCCAGAACUUCCCUCUCCUUGCCUAUUAUCUGCUCCACCCUCCCUCCCCUGCACGCAUGUACAAGGGGGUGAACGAGUUGUGGAUCGCGGUGGCACUCUCGCACCCCUCCCCCCCACCCAUGUCGUGCGAGGGGUGAACGAGCUGUGGAUCGCAGUGGCGCUCUCGCACCCCUCCCUCCCGCGCCUCUCUCCACCGGCCAUAGCGGGGUGCUGCGCUGCUCUGGUGUCUGAAGGCAUGCGCAUGCGCACAGGCGACGGCAGUUCGCCCUCCUUCCCCUACAAGCCGUCCUGGCAGGUGCGGGAGUGGGUGUAUGAGGCAUGUUCGCCCUCCUUCCCGUACGAGCCUUCCUGGGAGGUGCAAAAGGAGGUGUACGAAGCUGAAGAGCGUCGCGAUUGGCUGAUGCAGCUCCAGCUGGUUGCCAACGUGGCAAUCCCUGCUGACCUGGACGCGCAGUUCGCUGGAGUGGUGGAGGCGUGGGCGCAGGGUGUGACGUGGCUCCAGCUCAUCGCUGACUGUGCGGGGCUGGACGAGGGGGACAUUGCGCGGCUGCUAAGGCGCACCAAUGAUAUACUUUCGCAUGUUUGUUGUGCCACUUCAUUGCUCCAGCCAACUACCGUCUCCCAAAGAUCAUCUCAAUCUAUCACGAGCAUCAUUGCCCCAUGUAAAGCAUCAUCUCUCUGCUUCCGGAUACCUUGUCACAUGCCCUACCUCUCUCACUCUCCUCCAUGUCCCCACUCUCCCUUUCUCCCACCCUCGCUCGCUCCUCUUAUUGCAUCUCACGUUAUCCCUGCCUCCGCCUUUUCCACCUCUCUCCUCCUCUCCCGGCGUACACUCCUAUUGCAGAUCCCGUAUCUUCCAGGCAUCGAUCCCUCAUUGGCCAAGGCGGCAAAGCAGUCUGCGUAUGUCAUGGAGAGGCCACCUAUCUCCGAGCUCAUUGGCUGA